GGCAGCAGCAGCCGCGGUGCACGUCCCCUUUAAGAACGUUUUUGGAAUAAUUAAUGACGUCACGCUGUAAACACGGCUGACGCUCGGCUGCGUGGCCGCGAGCAUCCUCCAAGAGCCCCGAGAGCCUCUUCCAGGUUCCCGCUGCGUUUCGCUUCUCGACGGGACCGGGGCGAGAGGCGCUGAAAAUCACCGCGGCGGUUCACCCCGACUCUCGUAUGCGGUCUCCAAAACCGGAGGCGACGUCGCAUUUGCCCCGCUAAGUGCCAUGGCUGGAAAUACGGACGUCCCCUCCUCGCACUACGGUGAGCCGCGCAAGUUUGACCCAAACUUCAGAGGGCCUGUUCAUAAAAGGAGCUGCACUGAUGUGGUGUGCUGUGUUAUAUUCAUCGUUGUCAUCCUCGGCUACAUCGCGCUGGGUACUGUGGCCUGGUUCCAUGGCGACCCCAGCAAGAUCGUCUAUCCGACUGACAGCCAUGGACACUUCUGCGGCCGCCAAAACACCCCCAAUGCAAACAAAUCCAUAUUAUUCUACUUCAACAUGUUGAAAUGUGCCAAUCCUGCAGUUUUGGUUCACCUCCAGUGCCCUACAACCCAGCUCUGUGUCUCCAAGUGCCCUGACAGAUUUGCAACUCUACUGGAUUCGUGGAAUACCAAUAGCUGGGAGUACUACAAGCAAUUCUGCAGGCCGGGCUUUGAUAUUAGUAGUAAGUCCGUUGUAGAAGCCAUUCAAGAUGAAGACUGCCCAUCAAUGAUCGUGCCAAGCAGACCCUUCCUUCAGCGGUGCUUCCCUGAUUUCAUUACAAGAAAUGGGAUUUUAACAGUAGCCAAUAAGACCAUCUUCAAAGACGGUGAGAAUCACGAGCGAAGUGUCAACGACCUCAAAGAUGCCGCCAACCAAGUAACAGCGGUGCAACAAGCAGUGGACAGAAGUAUCUCCAGCCUGCUGAAUGCCAAAGAAAUUGGCAUCAAGAUCUUUGAGGAUUAUGCAAAUUCCUGGAACUGGAUCCUCCUUGGUCUGGUGUUCACCAUGAUGGUCAGUCUGGUCUUCAUCCUCCUGCUGCGCUACAUCGCCGGUGUGCUGCUGUGGCUCGUUGUCUUUGGGAUCAUCGCUGCGAUCGGCUUCGGUAUCUGGCACUGCUACUGGGAGUACAGCUCUCUGAGAGGGAAGCCGGGUGCUAAUGUCACCAUCUCUGAUAUCGGCUUCCAUUCGGACUUCGGCGUUUACCUUCAGCUCAGCCAGACGUGGCUCAUCUUCAUGAUCGUGCUCUCAAUAAUUGAGGUGGUCAUUUUUGUUAUCCUGAUAUUUCUGCGGGCGAGGCUGCGCAUCGCCAUUGCAUUACUCAAGGAGAGCAGCAGGGCCGUCAGCUACAUCAUGUCCACUCUCCUCUACCCCAUCAUCACCUUUUUCCUGCUGGCCGUGUGCAUCGCCUACUGGCUCGUCACAGCAGUCUUCUUAGCAUCAUCGGGUAAUGCCGUCUACAAGGUCACAGCUGCUGAUGAUAAAUGCAUGUAUGCCAACCUCGCAUGCAGUCCAAAAACCUUCAGUCAGACCAAUAUCACCAAAGUGUGCCCCGGGUCACAAUGCAUGUUUGCCUUCUACGGCGGGGAAAGUGCGUACUACCGCUACAUCCUGGUCCUCCAUCUCUGUAACCUGUUUGUGUUCCUCUGGCUGGUGAACUUCACCAUCGCGCUGGGUCAGUGCACCCUGGCAGGGGCCUUCGCAUCCUACUACUGGGCCCUGAAGAAGCCCAAAGACAUCCCUCCAUGCCCCCUUGUGUCCUCGUUUACCCGAGCCUUACGCUACCACACGGGUUCUCUGGCCUUCGGCUCUCUGAUCCUCUCUGUGGUGCAAGUGAUCCGAAUUGUUCUAGAGUACCUCGAUCGCAAACUGAAAGAUUCCCAAAACGGGUGUGCUCGAUUUGUGCUCUCCUGCCUCAAAUGCUGCUUCUGGUGCCUGGAACGUUUCAUCAAGUUUGUAAACACAAACGCAUACAUAAUGAUAGCAAUAUAUGGGAAGAGCUUCUGCACCUCUUCCAAGGAUGCUUUCCACCUCCUGCUGAGGAACGUUCUUCGGGUGUAUGUGCUGGACAGGGUGACCGACUUUCUGCUCUUCUUGGGGAAACUGCUCAUUACAGGAAGUGUCGGUGUUAUUGCAUUUUUCGUCUUCACACAUAGAAUACCCAUCCUUCAAGAGGGGGUGCCAUCCCUAAAUUACACCUGGGUGCCCCUACUGACGGUGAUAUUUGGAUCCUACGUGAUUGCACAUGGCUUUCUUAACGUGUACGCCAUGUGCGUGGACACGCUGUUCCUGUGCUUUUUGUGGGACCUGGAGGCGAACGACGGCUCUCCGCAGCGGCCCUUCUACAUGAACAAAACCUUGCAGCGUCUCCUCUGCAAGAGAAACGAUGGGACGGCCGGCCGGCGAUAGAGAAAAGGCAUUUACCAAAGCACGGGGCGAGCAAACCAAACACUACGCUGUUAUGGAUAAUCUAACUCCACGGAUUAUUUCAUCCACAUUCAAAUGAGUAAUGGCCUUGAUAUUUUAGAAACGCAGUUUGUAUCCCAAACAUUUUUUAUUGGAUUUUUAUCGCACAAGUUCUUGUAAAUAUGUAUUUUUUUAAUGUUCUAGUUCUAAUACAUAUAUAUAUUAAUAUGUGUAGCCACAGUCAUACUUCACACUAAUUUCCUAUUGGAAUCUGUGAUUUCUUUCUUUAUUGAGAUUGUGGUAAAUGCCAGCUGUUAUGUGUUUUAUUUUUUAUUUUUUACAUUUAAUCUCUUGUGGGGCCGGUCAUUAGCAGAAGCUGCUGUUGAGGUGUGAAUGCCAAAGCCCAUCCAACUAGUUCUCCCGUGAAAUGGUAAAAUAUUGCCGUUUUUGACCUUAUAUUGUCUCACAUUGAGAAACGUGUUUGCGUCCACCGUCUUUAUAACCACAAGGACGUAAUGGCACAGCAGUUCAAAGUGCUUCAAUUUUUAAGUGCCUUUUUCAAAGAAAUUCCUCAUUGAGUGUGUAAUUGCAUCCUGCAGCUGCAUGAUUUGCAUUUGAAGAUCGUUUUUAAUUUAUGGCCUUUUUAUAGAACUUGUUAAGGCGACACUCAGCAGCCUGUGACGGCUCUUCCAGAUGUUAGGACUAGGAGUGGAUGGUGAAGUAGAAGGAAUGUCCCGGAGCCUUGGCGUGUUGCUCGUGCGUACCGUGACACGGAAUGAUCUUAACUCUCCCCGUAGAUGUAUCUUUUCAAAAUUGAUGACUCACCUUUUUUUUUUUUUAAAGGUGGCUGUAAAGAGAUGUUUCCUUUACAGGCGAUAGGAGCUGGGCUCAUCUGAUGUCAAUUUCAAUGCACUUUAAUACUAGAACCUUUUCAUAGCACUUAAAAUAUUUUUAUUAAUUAAGACAACUUAAUGUGAGGCCUCUUGCCUCUGAUUAUUGAAAACAACAUCUGGCAUUUAGCCAUUUAAACAAAGAUAUCCGUGUCUCAGACACACUGAACACUGAACUCCCCUUUAAAUGCGUUUUUCCUUUUAUUCACUUCAUCAUUUUUAAUUUGUUGCUUUCCAACAUUUGUAAUGCGCAUUUCUGGCGUCAGACAGGCGGGUUGUUGGUGAAAAGGACCGAUGUAAUAAAGUAGUGGCACAGCUGUCCUCGUGUUUCACGGGCAUCACACUUCUGAUGUUUUUGUCUUUUUCCUAAACAGACCAUACAUCACCUGAAAUGACGUCCUCAUUCACGUCCUUUAGAUCUUUGAGAUGUGACUCAGGCGUGCGAGUCUUUGUGGCGUGUUUGUCGAACCGGAGAACCUGCCCUCAUGAUGCCGCAGAGUGACAGUACUGCCAGGACGCGCACACACACACACACACCUUCUGCCGCCGUUAGAGACGAACACGCUGGGACACGUACGACGUGACCUUUCAGCAAAAGCAAAACAAACUCUUGUGUAUCAGAAAGGAGACGGAUGAUGCAUGCAGUGCUCCGGGUGGCAUCAAACCUGCACAUUAUUGUUGUUUCUUCUACUGAACAACGACACCAGUUGAAUUGUAGUCGUUGUGUUCUUCGUUGUUCACGUCGCUCAGCUUUGAGUUUCCUUCCCAUGAAGGAGAACCCUGGAGAUCUGAUAAGUGUUUUUUUUUUUUUUUUUAUAUUCCUUCCCCCUCCCUCGCAUGUCUGGAAAUUAGAUUCUUUUGGCCCACCGCAGUCAACAAGUAGACACAAGCAAGUCGUCGCUCCUCGCUGGAACGUGCGCCAGCUUUCUUACCGCUGACUCUUAAGUGUCAAACUAGAGAUGCAGUUGCUAUUAAGUGCUUCACUCAUGUUUGCUCAUUUGGUCAGAAAGCUGACGCUAUAAAUGCCACCGCCAUGUAUAUAUUUAUUUAUUAAAGGUUGCAUGUGUUUUU